CCCUGAAGCAAUAAAGACCACAAAAUGGGCAAGAUGUUGUCCACUCCCCUCCCCCAAAAACCUGAAGACCAAGGGUUGGAAGUUCUGGAUUUGACCAAAGACCAUGGCCAUCAUCUUUGUACUACUGCUGCUCUUUGUUCCGAAUGGAGCUGAUGGCUCUCGUAUUGUUGGAGGCAGAGAGGCUGCCCCCCACUCUCGCCCCUACAUGGCCGCGUUGCAAGUCCGAGGUCGCCUGAACUGUGGGGGAACCCUAGUGAGAGAGGACUUUGUGCUCACAGCAGCACAUUGUCAGAUACCUACACCCUACACAGUUGUACUUGGAGCUGAUUCCCUGUCCGGUAAUGAAUCUACAAAGCAGGAGCUCACCACUGUCAGAUCCAUUCCACAUCCCAGCUAUGAUGGACAUGCAAAUGAUAUCAUGCUCCUAAAGCUCAACCAAAGGGCCCAACUGAAUGAAGCUGUGCAGCUGAUCCCUCUGAAAAGGGGCAGGGUGAGCACAUCCAGUAAGUGCAUCACGGCUGGCUGGGGGGAUGUCGGGGAUAACAACACCUUGCCAAACAGGCUUCAGGAGGUCAAUGUAACCACCCUGACACAGCAGACCUGUCGUAGCAGAUGGAGUGGUGUUCCCAUCACCAGGACAAUGGUUUGUGGUGUUGGGGGUGGCGUCUUUCAAGGUUUCUGCUCGGGGGAUUCAGGUGGUCCAUUGGUGUGUGAUGGAGCUGUAGCAGGUGUCGUCUCCUUCUCUGGCCGGCGAUGUGGAGACCCCAGAACGCCUGAUGUCUACACACGCGUAUCAUCCUUUAGGGACUGGAUUACAAGUGUGAUAAACAGCAAUUAGGCUAAUUAGAUUGAAUGGUAAUGUGUCACUAUGCUUAAUUGGAAUGCACUUUGAAGACAAGGCUCUGAAUGAAAUGUGGUGUUAUGUUGUUUGAUAUCUGUUUAACAAUGCAGCGCUGUGGUUGUUGAGAUAAAGAUAAACCUUUACUGAUCCCCAGCGGGGAAAUUUGGUUGUUGCAGGAGCACAAUGACAGAAAUAAGUGCAGAUAAGUAUAGAAAGUAAAUAAAUAAAUAAUAGAGGGAUACAAAACUAAACCGAAAUACAAAAUAGAAACUAUACAAGAGCUUUUGGAGACAAAAUUACAGGUUUAAAUUACAGUGGUGUGAUUAAUAGCAGCAGAGUCUAUGUAAACAGCAAACCCAGACUUAUAUAUAAUAUGAUUAAGUAAUGGAACCUAGUUUUCUGUGUAUAAAUGUUAGAUGAGUUGGUAACUGAUGUUUUUGUCACCUUUUGUUUUUGUUACAUUGCAUGCGGUCGAUAUUUGUGUCAGGCAAAGCUAUUUUCAUUCAUUUAAUUUCAUUAAAAAGUGUCAAAUUUGCUGAGCUGAAGGUCAAUUCCCAUGCAUUCACUUUAUUGUAGUGAACAUACUCUAUGUAUCAAACAGUGACACCACCUUCAUGAUGAAUAAAACCAUUAUUUCUGCAA